AUGCCAGAAGGCUUGGAGAUAGAUCAUUCAAAACCACUCAACGGUACCAUGGCGGCAUAUGCCGAACAGGUUCUAAUAUGCACGGGAAAGUCAGAUUGGCCUUCUCGUAUUGAGGAAGACAAUUCAGGAGACAACCUCGCUGCAGACAUCAAGGAGUUGAUGGGUCGCGGUGGAAUGUAUAGUGAUGUAACAAGGACGAUAUCGUACGCUCAGUUGAGGUGGUGCUAA